GCCAAAAUGCAUCUUGACCCUCAAUGUAUUGACAUUGCUAAGCUUUACAGACAACAUGGAGGCAAUAUCGCUGGUAGUUCAGUAUGGCCAAAAUGGUGGUCAACCCUAAAACCGAAUGACAAUUUUGUCAUCCAUCCUGUUGUGUUUUUUUAAGUUACGACAAUGUCUUCCAUCGUCCCUCUUCAAUUCUUCAGACUUCAGAACUGAUGAGAUGACUCAUCUAAACCUGCCAGACCAGAGUCAAGGGGCAAGGAGGUCCAGCUUGUUUCAGAUUCCGAUAAAUUUCAAGCCAGCUCCAAGGGGGUCAAGCCAUGUCUCAUUCAUACGCGAUCCACACCAUGAUGACACUUUACAUGAGGACAGCUUCCACAGGAGGCCAAAGAAGGUUUACUAUGAGAACACGUACCAGAUGGACCCGCCCGAGAGGUUCAAGGCUGAACAGGUGUCUGAUAUCAUCCGGGAGGUACUCAAUAGUUCACUGGAAGAGACAACGUACGAGCCAAUGGCAUGCAGCAUCCUCUCAAAAACAAUCGCUCAGGACAUAAAGCUCAGAGUUGAAGAACUAGAUUUCAAAAGGUACAAGCUAAUCAGCUGGGUCACAAUCGGUGAGAAGAAGGACCAGGGAGUUCGCAUCGGAAGUCGUUGCGUGUGGGACCAAGAUAGAGACAAUUUUGCCACAGCAACGUUUGAAAAUACCCAUAUUUAUGCUGUUGGUAUGAUGUAUGCUGUUUAUUAUGAAUAGAGAGACAACCAAAACUCAGAAUUACAUUCAUUGGAGAGAAAGAGCGAUAUGCGUCUGGUAUUGUCAUUUUCAAAAUUGUUAGGUAAAUUACUGUACUGUACUGUGGUCUCUAUUGUCACAUUGUACAGCAAUGACAGUCUGAAAGAGGCUCAUACCCAACAGUGAAGUAUUUAGAAAUCAAAGUUUAUGGACCGCAAGAGACAAUCUUUUUACUGCAAAUAAGGUUUCUUCAAUGACAGAUGAGAGAGGGAGCUGUACACACUUUAUAGGAUGUGCAAAAACAAAAUGCAUUUUAUGAUCUUACCAAUCAAUGGGGAUGGUAUAACUAGCAGUUACCAUUAGUAUUUAUUUGUUGUUUAUGUUCGCGUUGCAGUUUUAUCAGUAUUCUAUUAAAGGGUGACUAUAGGCAAGAGCCAGGUAGGUAGGUCAGAUUAAGUCAUACAAAGUUGCCAGUAGGGGUCUCUCAUGUCUCGUACAUCAAAACUGUUCGUCCUUGCACGAGGAAGAUAUCGCUAAAUCACACAUGACCAAGUCCUCUAAACUUAGUGACCCGAAGACCACCAAUUUGACCACGAGGCACCUAGCUCCUGCCUAUGGUCCCCCACCCUUUAACAUAUUCUAAAUGAAUAUGUGCAAUAUUUCUGUGCCAUGGAAUAUUAAAAAUGCCAGAAAAGUAUUCUAAUAAAUGCCAGCACCGGUACUUUUGCUUUUACACUUGAGUGCACCUGCAAAAGACUCUUAACUGUUGUAUCGAACCACAGGAUAUGCAUGAUUCUUACAAGUGUUUUAGCAGAAUGUCCCAGUUAACACUCCAGGACCUCUGCAGCAGUAUUUUUUUUAGUCCAGCAGGCAUUUAAUUGACAUCGAUUAACAAUGACAUUUCAUGAUAUCAACAUUUUUAACUAAAGUUUUAGUGUUAAAAGAAAUUGAUUUAUCUGUAAAUAAAAAUGAACUUUGUUAUUUUAGAA